GGUUUUGAGGAUGAGUAAGGGGGUGUCAGAGAGAGGCGUCGACAACUUGUAAAUGGCGGGUGAGAAAGUAACCGUGUGCGUAACAGGGGGAGGAGGCUUCGUUGCUUCUUGGCUCAUCAAGCUCCUCCUCUCUAAGAACUACUUCGUCCACGCAACCGUAAGGCGACCCGGAGAUGCAAAGUAUGCUCAUUUGAGUACAUUUGAGAAGGCACCUGAAAACCUGAGACUAUUUAAGGCAGACUUGCUGGAUUACGACUCUAUACGUUCAGCAGUUGAUGGGUGUGUAGGAGUAUUCCAUGUUGCCAGUCCAGUUCCUUCAUCCGCAGACACAGUACUAAACCCUGAGGUAGAAGUCAUUGAACCUGCUGUGAAGGGCACUCAAAAUGUACUCAAAGCAAGUCUUGAAGCAAAAGUUAAGCGAUUUGUUUUUGUGUCCUCCGCGGCUGCUUUGUCCAUGAAUCCAAGUUGGCCCAAGGAUCGAGUCAUGGAUGAAACUUGUUGGUCUGAUAAGGAAUACUGUAGAACCACUAAGAACUGGUACUGUCUCUCUAAAACAGAAGCAGAAUGUGAGGUGCUGGAGGUUGCGAAAGGAAGUGGGCUUGAUGUUGUAAGCAUAUGUCCUACACUUGUCUUGGGGCCAGUUCUGCAGUCUACUGUGAACGCAAGUAGUUUAUUUCUCAUUAGACUUCUGAAAGGACCUGAAUCGGUGGAAAACAAGCUUCGGUUUAUUGUAGAUGUGCGUGAUGUAGCUGAGGCACUAAUCCUGGCUUUUGAGAAGCCCGAGGCUGAAGGAAGAUACAUUUGCUUGGCACACAUGAUCAAGACAAAGAGUCUGGUGGACAUGCUGAAGAGUAAAUACCCCCAUUACAACUAUCCUAAGAACUUCACUGAAGUGCAGGAAGAAGUGCGAAUGAGUUCAGAGAAAUUGCAAAGGUUAGGUUGGAGUUACCGGCCAUUGAAGGACACUCUUAUUGAUAGUGUAGAGAGUUAUCGUCAGGCUGGGCUUUUGGAUUGAGAAGGGCAAUUAUACCUUCCCAAGUAAGGGUAGGUUUCAUAAAGAGGACACUUAUGCUUACCAGGCAUUGGUGGAGUCUAGACCCCCUGAUGUGAUUCCACUGACUGUUGUAUAAGUUUAUUCAUAUCAUAUUAUGUCAUACUGUCAUGGUUCUGUUUAAGUGGUAAAUGUCCGACUGUGUGGCAUUUGAUAUCCUUGGAAGUGUUGAAAUUUGGCUUUGCCCUUUUAGUUCCUGCUGUAGGCAAUGCCCUACAGAACUCAAACUGCAAUUAGCCAAAGAAAUGUGUCAUGGAUGAGGACUCUUUAAUUUGGUUUCGAACUGUCAUAGUAUAUAUCCUUGGUUGAGCCAGCUA